AUGAAGGAUGAAAACAAUGUUAAAUUCACUGCUCAAGAUUUAUAUGAUAAAAAAGCAGACAAAACAGAGCUUCAAACAUUAAAGACAGAAAUACUUCAAACAGUAUAUCCUAUAGGUUCUAUUUAUACGUCAAUGAACUCUACCAGACCAGAAGUAGUACUUGGUUUUGGAACUUGGACUCAAAUAGUCGACAGGUUUUUGUAUUGUGCAAACUCUUCAAAGGAAACAGGUGGAAGUAAAACGAUUUCAGGUGAAAACUUACCUGCACACAGUCACUACAUAGAUUUAAGUACAUCUCAAGCAGGUUGGCAUAAGCAUAGAUUUUGGGAUUGG